GAGAGGGAAUGAAGUACAACCAGAUGAGCAGAUUGAAUUGUGGUGCAAACAUACCCAUCAUGGGUUUUGGCACUUAUUCUUCUGAGAAUGUGAGAGAGGAAACCAAACAGGCAGUCAAAACUGCUCUCAAGAUGGGAUACAAACAUUUUGAUACAGCAAGAAUAUAUGGUUCAGAGGCAUCAGUGGGAGAGGCAUUAACAGAAGCAAUAUUUGUUGAUCGGAGUGUGGAAAGACAAGACAUCUUUGUGACUUCAAAACUGUGGGGAAGUGAUCACCAUGAUCCUGUCUCCGCACUCAACCAAACCUUACUGAAUAUGGGAUUGGAGUACGUGGACAUGUACUUGGUCCACUGGCCAGUGAAGCUGAAGCCUUGGGCCACUUAUCCUGUCCCAAACGAACAAGACUUUGAAAGAGUACUGGACCUGGAGACCACGUGGGCUGGAAUGGAGAAAUGCUUGGAUAUGGGGUUGUGCAGGGCCAUCGGUGUCAGCAAUUUCUCUACCAUCAAGAUCCAACGCCUCCUCAAUUUCGCUUCUGUCCCUCCUGCUCUCAAUCAAGUGGAAAUGCAUCCGAUGUGGAGGCAAUCAAAGCUGAGAGAGUUCUGUAGGGACCACAACAUCCACGUAAGCGCAUAUUCACCUCUUGGUGGGCCAGGGAAUUCAUGGGGAUCAACGGCUGUGGUUGAUGACCCAAUCAUCCAAUCCAUUGCUCUCAAGCACAAGGCAACCCCUGCUCAGGUUGCCCUGAGUUGGGGACUAUCCAAGGGUGGUAGCGUAAUCGUGAAGAGCUUCAACAAAUACAGGAUGAAGGAGAACAUGAGGGCCCUUGAUCUGAGAUUGGACGAUCGCGAUUUACUCGAUAUCGAAAGGAUGGAAGAGAGGAAGAUUAUGAGAGGGGAGUUCCUUGUUAAUGAAACCACUAGCCCCUAUAAGACCAUUCAAGACCUGUGGGAUGAUGAAAUUUGAUGACUCUCAGUGUGUACUUACAAUUUUCAAGAAUUACAAGACUCAUUCUGUGUAACCAAGAAACCUCUGGUGACUUACCCAGAAGAGGAAGAAAUCGCCUGAGGUGCAAAAUGUGAUGCAAUAUGCUAGGCAUUCAUCAAUGGAAGCUGUUUAAUUUGAAUUGAAAUUCCCA